AGGUGAACCUGCCUCAUCCAAAGGAUGCCUAAAUUUGAAGAGGGCUCCAGCUCACCUUGGAUCACCUGCUAGGAGCUGACAACGUCUUGAGAGCUCUUUCGUUCCAUCUUCUGGGUUCUAGCUGAUCAGCACCUUCUCUGGUACUUUUGAGCCCGGUCUUUGGGAUCCACUGGUUGAGCUGCCUUCCAAGAAAUCCAUUGUCCUCCCACUGUCCUUCCCUGGUCCAAGGAAGAGGAAGCCACAAAAUGGGAAAAAAAAAAUCGGAUAUCUAUUCAAUAGAGAUAAGUGGGACCAAGGAUGUGGAUGAUGGAUACACGGAAGACGAAAAGGAAAAAGAUUUGAAAGGCAAUAAGAAGAAAGACAAGACCGAAGAGCUUAAGAAAGAGCUGGAUUUGGAUGAUCAUAAACUCAGCAUUCAAGAACUAGAAGAAAAAUAUGGCACCAGCAUCAUUAAAGGUCUCACGAGUGCAAGAGCAGCGGAGAUCCUGGCCCGCGAUGGCCCCAACGCUCUCACGCCCCCCAAAUCGACCCCGGAAAUCAUCAAGUUCCUCAAGCAAAUGAUAGGAGGCUUCUCCCUUCUCUUGUGGGUCGGAGCCAUCCUCUGCUGGAUCGCUUUCGGCAUUCAAUAUUCUCAAAAAGUUGCUUCGGCGAAGGACAACCUCUACCUGGGUGUGGUCCUUGCAUUGGUUGUCAUUUUGACCGGGAUGUUCGCUUAUUAUCAAGAAGCUAAGAGCACGAACAUAAUGGCCAGCUUCGGCAAAAUGAUCCCACAGCAAGCCCUUGUCUUCAGAGAUGCGGAAAAAAGAGAAAUUCCAGCUGACCAACUAGUGGUGGGUGACAUCGUUGAGAUCAAAGGUGGAGACCGAAUACCAGCCGACAUCCGACUAAUCCAGUCUCAGGGUUGUAAGGUGGACAAUUCUUCUCUAACUGGGGAAUCAGAACCUCAAUCUCGUUCAUGUGAAUUCACUCAUGAUAAUCCUCUGGAAACUAAGAACAUUGGUUUCUAUUCCACAACUUGCUUGGAAGGUACUGCUACGGGGAUUGUGAUCAACACGGGUGACAACACUAUCAUUGGCCGGAUUGCCUCCCUGGCAUCUGGAGUGGGGAAUGAGAAGACGCCCAUUGCUCUCGAGAUAGAGCACUUUGUCCAUAUUGUGGCUGGUGUUGCUAUCUCCAUCGGAGUGCUUUUCUUCAUCAUUGCUGUCUCAAUGCAUUACCAUGUCCUGGAUUCCGUCAUCUUCCUCAUCGGUAUCAUUGUGGCCAAUGUGCCUGAGGGACUGUUAGCUACAGUGACGGUAAGCUUGUCCUUGACCGCCAAGAGAAUGGCCAAAAAGAAUUGCUUGGUAAAGAAUUUGGAAGCCGUAGAGACACUGGGAUCCACUUCUGUCAUCUGCUCCGACAAGACAGGAACGCUGACCCAGAAUCGAAUGACCGUAGCUCACCUGUGGUUUGACAACGAAGUCUACUCAGCGGACACCAGUGAAGAUCAAUCAAAUCAAUCUUUUGACCAAACGUCAGGCACAUGGGCUGCGUUAUCCAAAAUCGUCUCCCUUUGUAACCGGGCUGAAUUUAGGCCAGGCCAAGAAAAUGUACCCAUCAUGAAGAGAAUAGUCGUGGGAGAUGCUUCAGAAACAGCUCUUCUAAAGUUCUCAGAAGUGGUUUUGGGCGACGUCAUGGACAUUAGGAAGAAAAACCGGAAAGUGGCUGAAAUCCCCUUCAAUUCCACUAACAAGUAUCAGCUCUCCAUCCAUGAAACUGACGAUCCUAAUGACAAGCGUUUCCUGCUGGUGAUGAAAGGGGCUCCUGAAAGGAUUUUAGAGAGAUGCACAACCAUGCUGGUUAACGGAAAAGAAGAGCCUCUGGAUGAGGAGAAAGCAGAAGCAUUCCAAACAGCAUAUUUGGCCCUAGGUGGAAUGGGAGAAAGAGUACUUGGUUUCUGUCAUUUGCAUCUGCCAGAAGAAGAAUUUCCAGAGAACUAUGCAUUCAACACCGAUUCCAUGAACUUUCCUACCAAUGGUCUUUGUUUCGUGGGACUCAUGUCAAUGAUUGAUCCUCCUCGAUCUACUGUCCCAGAUGCUGUAAUGAAAUGCCGUAGUGCUGGGAUCAAGGUAAUAAUGGUGACAGGCGACCAUCCUAUUACAGCGAAAGCCAUUGCUAAGAGUGUGGGGAUCAUUUCAGCUACCAGUGAGACAGUGGAAGACAUCGCUAAGCGCCUCAACAUUCCUGUUGAACAGGUGAACAAACGAGAGGCCAAAGCAGCUGUGGUUAAUGGCAUGGAGCUGAAGGACAUGACUUUAGAACAAUUGGACGACAUCCUAAUCCACCAUUCAGAGAUUGUCUUUGCCCGUACUUCGCCGCAGCAAAAGCUGAUCAUCGUGGAGGGCUGUCAAAGACAGGAAGCGGUAGUUGCUGUAACUGGCGAUGGAGUCAAUGAUUCACCAGCUUUGAAGAAAGCAGAUAUCGGAAUUGCGAUGGGGAUUGCUGGCUCUGAUGCAGCUAAAAAUGCAGCAGAUAUGGUCUUGCUGGAUGAUAACUUUGCAUCCAUUGUUACUGGAGUUGAAGAAGGCCGCCUGAUUUUUGACAACUUGAAGAAAACAAUUGCCUACACAUUGACCAAAAACAUCGCCGAGUUAUGUCCUUUCCUGAUUUACAUCAUUGCCAGCAUACCCCUCCCUAUUGGCACCAUUACCAUCCUCUUUAUUGACCUGGGCACAGAUAUUAUUCCUUCCGUUGCCUUGGCCUAUGAAAAAGCGGAAAGUGACAUCAUGAAGAGGAAACCAAGGCACAAAAAAAGAGACCGACUGGUCAACCAGGAGCUUGCAGUCUACUCCUACUUGCAAAUCGGCCUUCUCCAAACCAUUGGAGCCUUUUUGACCUAUUUCACUGUUUAUGCUGAGCAAGGAUGGCUUCCUCACUCUCUCCUCCAUAUCCGAAUUCCGUGGGAACAGGAAAAUUUGGCUGACUUGCCGGACAGCUAUGGACAAGAAUGGACCUUUGAGCAACGGAAAAACUUGCAGUUCACUGGCUACACGGCCUUUUUUGUCAGCAUCACCAUUCAACAAGUGGCGGAUUUAAUCAUCAGGAAGACCAGACGGAACUCCAUUUUCCAACAAGGGCUUUUCAGGAACAAAGUAAUCUGGAUCGGUAUAUUUUCACAGCUAGCAAUAGCUUUGAUUCUCUGUUACGGUCUUGGAAGCAUCAAUGCCUUGAAUUUCACACCUCUUCGGUUUCAGUAUUGGUUCGUCUCCGUGCCUUUUGCCAUCUUGAUAUGGGUCUACGAUGAAAUGCGCAAGUUAUUCAUCAGGCGAUAUCCAGGAAGCUGGUGGGAUAAAAACAUGUACUACUGAAAGUGACGGACAGCAUAUAUCAGUGGCCUUUUUUGGGGGCACCUCCUUCAAAGUUGUGUUUGUGCAAUAUCAACGGGUAGCAGGAUCUUCUCCCUGGAGGGACAGAAAGAAAAAAGAAGAAGGACCACGGGACUGCAGAAGAAUUAACCUGGGAUUACCAACUUGAAUAUUUCCUGUUUUUAUUGCCCGAUCCUUUAAGUGUUGAAUAUGUACAAAGUCUGAAGUCUCUUGUAUAUAGAACGAAAGAAACCGAAGAAUUGUUCUUCCCAUUCAGGGCAAAAAAAAAAAAAGAAGGACAACCCUUGACUUGAACUAGGUUUCUUCAAAGUUGUAGUUUUGUUGUUCAGCGUGACAAUGGCAUCUUCUGCAGCUAUCCCAGUGGAAGCUAAACGGGUGUCGAUUUGCAUUGCCUGGCCAUGGAUUGCAGUGUACAAAUAUAGUUUGAUAAUAAAAGUCUUUUUAUAGAAAGUC